AUGGGUAACGGAGCUUACGGGACGGUUUACUUGGCCACAGAGCAGCAGACCGGAAGGCAAGUCGUGGCCAAAGUCAUCUCCAUCGGAACGGAGGAGUCAUCGACAUCGUUUCGCACGGAGCAGCGUAUCUGGAAACAUAUGCAGCGCUGCCCGGGCUACCCCCAUCCGAACAUCAUCCGCUACUUUGAAGUCAUCGAUUGGAAGUCUCGAGGCGUGGUAAUCAUGGAGUUGGCGGCUGGUGGCAGCCUGUCAGACACCCUGUACGACGGCGUAACUGCAGAUCCCGGAGCAGUGGAUGGUGUUCGGACUCCACUGGGAGAUGCGCUGUUGACGGAUGAAGCCCUGGCCAAGAAACUCUACGGCCAAUUGGCCGCUGGAUUCCAGUGGCUUGGACAAUGUGGCGUGGUGCACAAGGAUCUCAAGCCUGACAACAUCAUGUUGACGAAGCCUUUUCUGCAAGGCGGCAUCAUCAAGAUCAUCGACUUUGGUUUGGCUAGCUUGACCAGUGACCAAAGAGCAGGAAGCCUCGCGAACAUGUACUACAAUCUUCACCAGAAUGUGGACCCAAGAACCAACAAGAAAGGCACUCGCACUUUCGAUGACUUCGCCAUGGGUUUGAUUUUGGCCGAAAUCGGCACCGGUGUGCCACCUUUCUUCAACCCCCAAAACGACUACUUCUCCACCAAGGGAAACCUGCAGAACCAGAAAGGGAUCUUCUACAUCUUGCAGCCCAAGAAGGUGUGCUCAGCUGGAGAUGCUGGAAUUUUUCCGCCUAAGAGAGAUCUGGCGAUGGGCAAGGUGUCCAUCGACGCAGCAGUGAAGGAAGUCGUUGGACGAUCGUUGUACUACAAUCAAAACGGACGCCACUUUGUCUACAACAGCGCAGUGGAGCAAGGUAUCGGCAAUGUGCAACUCCUGAAGCAGUCCUGGCUCUACAACUCCCCAGCAGCAAUGUCCCUUUUGCACUCUUUGCUGGCGGGCAGAGAGGACGACCGUAUUGAACCUUCGACUUUGAUGUCUUCCAAGUGGCUAUCGGAUGUCCGUGAAAGUCCAAGUCCCGAGAUUCCAGUUGCGGAGAUGACUCUGCAACCUCAGGUGGAGGCCCAUGUCCACGUCCCUCCACCUGCGCCUCCCCUCGUGCAAGAUCUCCGAGAGGAAGAAGAACCGGUGGAGACGAAGCAGGAAGCUCCGAAGCUGAACAUGUGCAGAAACCCCUACAAGGAGCGUGGACCACCCUCCUUGUGCAAAGUGCGCCACUCAAGCCACAGCGAUUGCUAUGUGGGCAUCAGUUGCGGCGGUGGUCCCAGCCACAUGGUGAAACUCGAGCAGGGCUUUGGCGCCGGGACAGUGCCAAACUGUGGAAACUGCCGGUUGGCCUGA